AUGGCGCCAACUCUCCGCUCUCUUCCUCCCCCUUCAAAAAAGCGGAAAUUACAGCCAGGUUCUGGAUGUGCCCAGAAAAUUAAAGAACUUGAAGAUGAGCUUAUCAAGGCUGCCACGACCCAGGCGUCGCUAAAUUCUUUAGUCAAUCUCUUGGAUUUGACUUUCCAGGCUGAAGACGCGCACGAUACCUCUAAGGGCAUCUAUGCUGUCUACCGAACUUUCGUGGUCAUUAUCACCCAAGGAAAACUAAGCCCUCACAGCGGCGAGGCUGGGAAGACUGUAAGCCGUUGGCUGUGGGAGCGAUUGAACUCAUAUGUCGAGUUCCUAACGUCUCUGUUGAAAGACGAGGAAAAAUUUCUUCGAACCUCAGCACUUCAAAUUCUCUUUUCUCUUCAAAAGCAUCUCUCCGCUUCGCAACCAAGUCCAGUUGAUUCUGAGAGGCCACAACCGCAAUUUCAUGCAUUCCAUUUCAAAAAAAUUGUAUCUGCACUUUUGCUCUGCCCUCCAUCACAGCGCAAGAACCUGGCAAGGAAGAUCGAGGAUCCACUCAUUGACCCAGACGUCCGACAUCUCUUCCACGAAACAUGGUUCAGCGUGCAUGAUGACGUCCGAUGGUUCUUUCUUCGAGAAUCGGCAACUCUUCUGAGCAAAGCUUCGCAUGACAGGCAAACCAGUAUCGCGACCAACCUCCUUUCCAUCCUAGAAAACUUGAAUACAUUUCCCACUGAGCCAAGUGAACUCAACUCGUGGUGGGUGCCGGAGUUGGGUGUGAAACCACCGAAAAAAGUGACAGUAGCUGGUGUCACAUUAGACUCCGAUUCCGACGAUCCCCCUGAGGCAGACGAAGAAGAUGAUUGGCGAAAAUUCUUCGACGAGCCUACUCCCCUUCCUGAAAGUACGACUAAGGCACCAGGGACGCGGUUACACAAAAUGACGAUUCACCAGUCUGUGCAUUCGCUCAGUUCGCAUCGGGCGGUGUUCACGAGGACGUGGCUAACGCUCCUACCAAGGCUCUCUGGUAUCGGUCAUAAUGAUGUAGAGCCGCGCAAACCGUUGAUAGUAAAGGUCCUCAAUAUAAUGCAUCGGAGCGUGCUCCCGCACCUAACUAGGCCAAUUUUGGUUAUGGACUGGGUUGGAACUUGUGUUGAUUAUGGUGGUUCGGUUGGAUUAUUGGCGUUGAACGCGCUGUUUGUGUUGAUGACGGAGUAUAAUCUCGAUUACCCCUCGUUUUAUACCCGCCUGUAUGCAUUCUUGGACCGCGAUGUUCUGCAUCUCAAACACCGUGCGCGAUUCUUCAGGAUGAUAGAACGAUUCCUUAGCUCAACGCAUUUGCCGGCGACACUUCUUGCUUCAUUCGUCAAACGCCUCUCUCGUCUGUCGUUGGCCGCUCCCCCAGCGGCCAUCGUCAUGGCCAUCCCGUUAACAUAUAACAUACUAAAAAAACAUCCGGCUUUGAUGGUAAUGAUUCACCGUACGGAUGAGGAGGAUGUCGAUGCAGACCCCUUUGACGCCAAAGAAACAAACCCCAUUGCUACCCAGGCGUUAGAAAGUUCGUUAUGGGAACUCCUCUCCCAUCGAAAUCAUUAUCACGCGACGGUGUCUUCCCUGUGUAAAGUCUUUACUGAGGCAUUUACGAAGCCUGGAUAUUCAAUGGAAGACUUUUUGGACCACACCUAUGGAACGCUCUUCGACACAGAGGCUACGAGGAAGAUCAAGAAGGAGCCUGCUUUGGCAGUGGAGUAUAGCAAGGAUCUGAAAGUUUUCCCCCCAGUGAUACUUCAGAAGGCUGACGAGGAGAUUAUUGUGGUUGGCGAUGCUGUGACGGAGCUCUGGACCUUUUGA